GAUUCGCUCGGUCGUCGCGCGACCGUCGUCGUCUUUUCCCAUUGUGUACCACUCUUUAUCGCGUUUGUCUUCGUGUGGUUAUUUGUAUUCUUCGUCGGCGUCGCCGCCGCCGUGAUCAUUGUAGUCUUCGAAAAACAAUAGCGGCGCCGGAUUAGCCGAACUGCUUUGAUCGUGCCGAGCAAUCUUUGCGAAGUGAUCGAAGGUCACUUGGAUUGGUCGGCGCGCGCGAACAAAAACACUGCAACAGUGGGAUUCGAACCCAGACCGUCUGGGAGCCGGCAACGAUGUCUGCUUCGCGUUACCGCUUGGGGCGGUUCCCUUCCGGGGACGUUCCGGGUGUUCCGGAAAACUAAAAAAUCUCGUAGAGGAAAAUUUUCUGUGGAAUGGUCAGCUCCAGCGGAAAAGUUCGUCUGCCGCGCCAAGCAUUGCAGCAGCAGUGCAAUAGAGUUUUUUUUUUCAUGUACGUCUACUUCAAGAAAACAAUCAAACUUUACCAGAACAUGAACGAAAACAACAAGAUCUAAACAAAAAAUAAGGAAAAAAUACAAGUUCAUAUCUCCAGAGUUCAUCCUCGAUGUGGGUGCAGAUGUUCAUAUAUCAGUGUUUUUUUAUCAGUGUGUCCUGAAUGAAUCCAACGAAGAGGGAGAAAAACGCAAUAUCUCCAGAUUCUAAUUUAUUGUAUAAUAAAGUGCGCUUUUUCUGCUCGUGAGGGCAGAAAAGGUAAAUUGGAGUCGGCAAAAUUAAGAGGAAAAUAAAUAAGAGCCAAGUGUCGAAAACAUCCAGUUCUACACAACCGCAGUCGUGGAGGGAUACGAAGUUGUAACCCAGUCAUUGGAAACCAGCUGGAAAGCAGAAGAAAAUCUCGCAAAAGUGUACGGUUCAAGUACCGAAAGUUCCAAAAUAACAACCAACUUGAGUAGAGGAAGAAGUAAAAGAAGAGCAAGAAGCUGCCCGAGAAAAAAAACGAGAACCAAUUCCUCAACAUAAUUAAACAACAGUUAGACAGUGAAGAGAUUCAGACGCGAAUCAAGAAGAACGCUCGGGAGAAGAUCUAGUAGAGGGAGGAAAGCUGGAGCACACUUUUUUGGCCAGUCAAUCAACGCAACGCAACGCGGAGAAGGAGGUGAAAGCAAAGCAAAGAUUGACAACUCCAACCAACCAGUGCUGCCAUCCUGUGAAGAAGCAAACUCGCUCAUCUACCCAGUGAAAGCAAAAAGUCAAUCCAGAGAACAACACUAGUGGUCAACACUGUCCAGUUUUUGGUGUACUUAAAUCACCAAUUGAAAAAGAAGAAGAAACGAGGGUUCUCACUAUUUUUCCAGUGUUCGAACCCCCGCUAGUCGACGUGCGCACACUUCGCCUAGGCACCUUUAGUUUGUAAUCUCAUCGAUAGUACUAGUAAGCUUACGUGUAAAGUAAAUCUUCACUGCAGAGUUUAAGUGUAUUAUUGCUAAAGUGCUUACCGAUAAGGAAAAAAAUAAGUGAUAAGUUAAAUGUAGCAUCAUCAUAACCGAUGAAUCUCCAACACUGCGAAUAAAAGAAAAACAAGAAAAAGUGAAAAUUUCUGUCGAAUUUCGAGAUCCAAGUGAAGAAGAAACACAACAAAACCAGUCCGGUGUCCCUUUUCGCCAUUAAUCGCAGGAAAAAAACGAAAAGCUUCCCAAGUGUAAAUAUAAUAAAAUAGAAGGAAAAACAGCAAAUAUUUAGCAAUCAAAUAGUUUGUAUCGUCAUCGUCGAAGAAAAAGAAACAAGAAGAAGCACACCUCUCCCAGUGAAAAACGGUGGAAAAAUAAGCAAAAACGAAAAAGAAAAGAAAACCAAUCGAAAGCGAAGCAAAGUGUUCAAGUUAAUGAUUCGUCUGUCUGUCUGUCUGUCUGUAUAAGUGAGAGAGCGUUGUGUUAGUGUUGUUUUCCUGCACUGGAAAAGUGACCGAAUUUAUGGGUGGCACUUUUAUUGUGUGGAGCAGCUAAAUUUGAUGCGGCCGGCGGCGUAAUAAAUGGCCAAAUUUAGGAGGCCGUUUUAAUUAGUAUCUACGAAAAAAAGGGAAAACCACUCACGACUGCUGUCUGUUUGGAAAAUACACUUGCCGGUGGUUGAAGAAAGUGGCAUUUAAAGUGGAACGUGACACACACGGUUUUACUUUUAUUUUGGAGCUGAGCGGAAUUUUUCAAACGUUAUGUGAAGGCUGGUGGAAAGUUAAGAUAAUGAACCUCACCGCGAACCGUACUAGCUGGCGAUCCCGGAGGAACUGCUAAAGAACUCGUCACCACGAUUCAGAACCAUGCUCCAACGGUUCAAGGAUCACAGCAAAUUCAAGAAAAAGAGAUCCACGAUGCAUCGGGGGUACACCAACAAAUGAAUCUCCCAGGGUAGAUUUUUCCGUUCUUUUCUGUAAAUCUCCCUGUUAUUUUUUCGUUUUGAUUCCCCUAUUUUUUCGAAAAAAAAAAUCUCAAAAAAACCCCAAUUUAAAUCAACUCCCGGAGCCCAGAAGGUCAUGUACCGUCUAAACAUCGUCAGCACAAACCCAACCGGAAGUGUCCAGCAACAGCAGCAGCAGCAAGGAAGUGUCCAAACGGUCCAGUCCGUAACCGGUCAGCCCACGCAGCUGACCCUGGUCCAACAGCCGAUCCAGCACCAAAGCACCGUCGCCGGCGGCGGAGCAGGAGCAAUCCAGAUCAUCGGGUUGACCUCGCUGAACGCCCUCACGAAUGCCACCACCAUCACUGGCCUUGCAGCCAGUUCCGGCAGUUCCGACCGCACCACGUCGAACUCAACGGCGGUGGUCACGGCCCAGAAGAUCCUGAAGGCGGCGGCCGCCAACAACAACAACAGCAUCAGCAUCGUCAAGAUCGGUGAUGAGAUCAUGCUGAAGGCGGUCAAGGUGGAACCGAUGCCGGUCACCGAUAGUGGAGGUGGGGGAAAGGGAGCGGGAGCGAUAAGUGCCACUACCAGCGGGGGAGUUACCGUUACUGCCAUACCGGUGCAGGCGGCGGCGGCGGCGGCCGCGGCUCCGGCUUCCAGCGGGGCGACCGGCACCGUCAACGGGAAUGUCAUCUACGGGGGGAAGCGACGGUUGGAGAGCAACAACGAGGAAUGGAUCUCGUCCCCUAGUCCGGGCAGCGUGCCGGGUUCGGCACCGCCCCUCAGUCCUUCCCCCGGAUCGCAGAGCCACACCUACACGACCACCAUGUCCCCGAUGUCCACCGGCAGCUACGACCCGUACAGUCCAAACGGAAAAAUGGGUCGUGAGGAUCUGUCCCCGUCGAGCAGCCUCAACGGGUACUCGGGCGAUGGGAACGACCCGAAGAAGCAGAAAAAGGGACCCACGCCCCGGCAGCAGGAGGAACUGUGCCUGGUGUGUGGGGACCGGGCGUCCGGCUACCACUACAAUGCGCUCACCUGCGAAGGAUGCAAAGGUUUCUUCCGGCGCAGCGUCACCAAGAACGCCGUCUACUGCUGCAAGUUUGGGCACGCGUGCGAGAUGGACAUGUACAUGCGGCGCAAGUGCCAGGAGUGCCGGCUGAAAAAGUGCCUCGCCGUCGGCAUGCGGCCCGAGUGCGUCGUGCCGGAGAACCAGUGCGCCAUCAAGCGGAAGGAGAAGAAGGCGCAGAAGGAGAAGGACAAGGUCCAGACGACCGCAACCGUCAGUACAACGAACAGCACCUACAAGUCGGAGAUUCUGCCGAUCUUGAUGAAAUGUGAUCCACCGCCGCACGCAGCGAUACCGGUAAGACUCAUAGGUGACCAAAUGAUACCCGGAAUAACCGAUCCGUCAUUUCUGUUUCAGUUACUGCCGGAGAAGCUGCUGAACGAGAAUAGGCUAAGAAACAUACCUCCGCUGACGGCGAACCAGAUGGCCGUCAUAUACAAGCUCAUCUGGUACCAGGACGGGUACGAGCAACCGUCGGAGGAAGAUCUCAAGAGGAUAAUGAUCGGCUCGCCGAACGAGGAGGAGGACCAGCAUGACGUGCACUUCCGGCACAUAACGGAAAUCACAAUCUUAACAGUACAACUAAUCGUGGAGUUCGCCAAGGGACUGCCAGCAUUUACCAAGAUUCCACAGGAGGACCAGAUCACGUUGCUGAAGGCCUGCUCGAGCGAGGUGAUGAUGCUGCGGAUGGCGCGCCGGUACGACGCCGCCACCGACUCGAUCCUGUUCGCGAACAACCGGUCGUACACGCGCGACUCGUACCGGAUGGCCGGCAUGGCGGACACCAUCGAGGACCUGCUGCACUUCUGUCGGCAGAUGUACUCGCUGACGGUGGACAACGUGGAGUACGCGCUGCUGACGGCGAUCGUGAUAUUCUCGGACCGGCCGGGGCUGGAGCAGGCGGAACUGGUGGAGCACAUCCAGAGCUACUACAUCGACACGUUGCGGAUCUAUAUUUUGAACAGGCAUGGGGGUGAUCACAAGUGCAGCGUGAUAUUCGCGAAGCUGCUGUCGAUACUGACGGAGCUGCGGACGCUGGGCAAUCAGAACUCGGAGAUGUGCUUCUCGUUGAAGUUGAAGAACAGGAAGUUGCCGCGGUUCUUGGAGGAGAUUUGGGACGUGCAGGACAUUCCGCCGUCGAUGCAGGCCCAGAUCGUGGCCCAGCAGCAGCAGGGUUCGGCGGGGGUGUUGCAACUGCCGGCGAUUCAGGCCGCGAACAAUAACGCGGCGGCGCUUAGUCAGAACAGUGGGAGUAGUGGGAGUAGUUUACACGGGCAGCAAAUGACGACGCCAAAUAACAACAGCAGCAGCAGUCAGCAGCAGCAAGUUCACGCCAACGGUAGUGGUGGUAGUAGUGGUGGCAUGCUCGACCAGGUAUAGCUAGUGUAGGACACGGCUUUGUCGGCGUCGCUGCCGCAGUUGCUGGCGGCGGUGGCGCCCGGUGAGGUCGCGUCGACCGCAGCUUCCGCCGGGACGUAUUCCGCCGCGGACGAGCUCUUAUUUAUAGUAGAGAGUUAAGGCUCGAGACACGGACACGGACCUUCUUUGUUGCUUUUAUUUAUUGCCUACACACAAACACGUUUAUAUUAUUAUUUUUUUAUUUGGACUUGUUAUAUUCUUGCACCUUCCCGGAAGUGGGAAGCGCGAUGGGCUCGACGAACUGCUGGACGAGUGUCGGGCCCCGAACGAAGAACCAGUGCAAGAGCGACUGAAUUACGUUUUCGUCUCUAAUUGUUUCUCCUUUUCUUUUUAAGUUCCGAUUCUUCUUCCACUGACCUUUUUGUGAGGAAAGUAUUUCGUGACGGAAUCGGACCGCGAUCUGACGAAAUUUACACAACCACAAACAGACACAGAAAGUUGUAUUUAUACUAAAUAUGACUCAUGUGAAGCAUUCAGGAAAACAAACAAUAGACAUGUACUCUAAACUUAACUAAAGCGAAAAAAUCAAACCUGGCGAGCUGCGCGAGCUAGCGCGAAUUACAUCCCGAAAAACACAUACACAUAAACAAAAAAAAAAGAGAACACACGUACAAGUGUAAGUUUACAACAAAAAACCCUGUAGCUGGUAAGGAAAAGAGAUGAAAGAGGGAAAUCAGGAAGUGGGGGGGAAAAAGGGGUACGGAGAACACACACACACACCACGUGGUGCUCGAAACAAGAGACUACCAACAACAACAACAACAAUGCUGCCACACAAAAGAAAGAACGCCGUCUCCCAAGAAAAAAAAACCUAAAAACGAAACACUAGCCACUACUACUACCACAGCGCACCUUUCUCUCGCGUGAGAGCGGCGCGUCUCGCGCCACCAAGUAAGAGAGGGAGAAAGCUGUCGAGCCCAGUUUUUCCAGCCGUUUUCCCCCAGGCGCGCACCGGGUGUGUGUACGGAAAUCCCUCUUUCGUAUCGUUUGGCUGUGACUUGUUAAUAUUUUUAAGAUGAUACCUAUAUUAAUUUAGAGGACAAAACGCUGUAAUUAAAAGAGAGAAUAGAGAACAAGCAGGAUAGUGUUUAGUGAGAGAGAGCGCAAGCGAGAGAGAAAAAAGUGAGUGAGAGUGAGAGAGCAAGCAAACCACUCAAGUACACGAAACAAAAAUUGGAGCGAGAGAACAUAAGUUAUUAGUGCAUGCUGAGAAAGAGAGAGAGGAACAAGUGGAAAGCGAAACGCUGCAAGAUGUAAAUUUUUUAGGUUUUAAAAGUGAACUGUUGUGCUGAUGGCGGCACAAUAAAGCGACAAAAAAAAGUUAGAGGGAGGAACAAACUGGAAGAAAAUGAGGGACAAGCACAAAGCGAAAGAAAAAACGGCCACGUUUUUUCAGUGGUGCGAAAAAUUUAAACUUCUUUCCUCAAAGUUUCCUGACGCAAAAAAACUGGAAACCAACAAAGCAGAUCUCCUUAUAAAACACAAUCCACACUUUGUACUGCUGUGUGGUCGGGAUUUUUUAAAACACACACUUUAUUUGUAAAUCCUUUAAAUUUUUUUCGUCUUUCCUACCGGUAGAUUCUAUUCAAGUACGCGCUCCUAGUGGGAGGAGUAACAAAGAAACUUUUCUGUUGAUACAUUUAUAGUAGAAAAUAUAUAAACUAUUGAAUUCUAGCCCAGGUUGGCCGAAAGAUCUAUCCGAGGUGUUGCACGAUUUGUGAAACUUUCUCAAGCGCGAAAAAUCCCGAACCUAAACUUCUUUACAUUGUUUUUUUUUUGCAGGGUUGUUAACGAGCAACAUUAUUUAUUGUAGUCAUCAAUGGUGAUCAUUUUUAAACUGUUCAAAACCCUGUAACGCCCAUUGUUACUCCAAAGCAUUACUAAUUUUUGUCUUCAAAAUUUAAUUUCUCUGCAACCAUGUAUUUUUUCAACCUGGUUCAAUUAAAAAAAAAAAUAGAAUGUUAACUAAUGAACAUUAAAAUUUCAUCCAAAUUGGUUCAUCCAGGUACGAGUAAUGGUGAAAAACGUUGAAAAUCUCAAUUUUGCUCUGGACGGGAAGGGGUUUAAAAUCAAGACAGUAUUUUUUUCCUUUAAGCUAUUUAAUAGGACACAAAAAUUAAUUUAAUUCAACGUAAUAGGUAAACUUUAAACAUACA